CUGCCCUGUAUUUUUCAGCGCCGUAGUGUUUUACAGCUCAAGGAGUAUUUUGAAUUAUGUUGAUUUUUGUCGCGAUUUAAAGAAAACUGCGGUGUAACUGUAGAAGUUUCUUAAGAGAAAAUGGUGUUUUUAAGAGAUAAGACAGAGUUUUGAUGUGAGACUGUAUGUAUGCGGCGGCUACCGGUUCAUUUCCUUAUUUGGAAGAGGUUUAUAGUGGUGGUCUGCAGGCUGUCGUGCUCUCUGUGUGGCCGGUGCUGGAGUUAAAUGGACUCUGAUGGAGUGUUGUUACUCAGAGUCUGACAGGCUGAACAGGGACCAUGUCAGAGGUUCUCCCUCCACCUCCACUUCCACCUCCACCACCUCCUGCCCCUGCUCCGGCUCUGGCUCCCUCAGUGCCCAGCAAGAAGAAGCUGUACCAGGCUAUAGCCGAGGGGAAGGCACCUGUGGAGGGCGACUUUGAGGAGGCCCGCUUACUGCUCACCCAGAGAGAGAGCAGUUUCAGGAAGGACCUACAGUGGGUGCUGUGCAACAAAUAUGUGCCUUCGCUGAUUCAGGACGGCCCCAAAUGCGGCCUAGUGGCCUUAUGGAUGGCAACCCAUCUACUGAAGCCUGUCAAGACCACGUCUGUGGAGAAAGUCCUACAGACAGCAUUGGAAAAAGGCUAUACUGCCCAGGGAGAGAUGUUUUCGGCUGGAGAUAUGGCCCUUCUUGCAGAGGAAGUGUGUGGCUGCAGAGUUCAGACGUUAUCCGGUGGCAUGAUGGGAGACAACGCUGCACUGGUCCUGAAACAUCUCACGGAGGGACGGCCGAUCUUAAUACCAUAUGAUGAGGAUUUUAACCAUGAGCCGUGUCAGCGUCAGGGCCAUAAGGCACACUGGGCUGUGGCUUCAGGUGUACUACUUGGCCUGGUGCAAGGGAGUGUUACCAGCAAACAGUUCCCCGUGGACCCCACUUUACCCUGGCUACAUCUUUCUGAAGGCAGCGCUCCUGCUGAGCUGCCACUGGACGCAGCUGAGGAGGUCUAUAUCUUAGCCAAACAGGGGAAGAGCCUCCGCUACCAGCUAUGGAAGUUAGAAACAGUGGCGCAGAGUAAUGCCCAGCUGAAAGAGAUGGAUCCUCAGAGGGCCAGUGAUGGAACCUACUAUGUGCUGCCCCCUGGUGGAGUGGAGGAGGGACUGGCUGGUCAGGUGGUGCUACUGUUCUCACAGACAAACUGAUCAUACAAGGGCUGAGCGGCCCAAGAGUGCCUCUGAUGACUGGAUUUUAUAUGGUGGGAAUGCGGUGGUAAGUGUGCAAUAAGCUUCCAACUGUGUUCUCACCAUUUAACUCCUUUCAAAUAAGUACAUUUCAGUUGAAUGGCUGCUAUUGCCAAGCUAGCCUGUACUAUGCCUUUCAUCCACUAGGUGUCCUUAUGUCUGUACAUGAUUACCUCGUGCUCUAAGUGCAGAUGUUUUCUGGGAAAUUUUGAAGGAAAUUCUUUCCUGUUUUCUUCAAUCUGGGUGCCUGGAGAUUAUGGUGCUGUAGGAGGCCGAGCUGGAUGUUUUUGCUGCCGUGACUCAGAAGGAUUAUGACGCUGGAUUUACCCUUUAAAAAAGGGGGCUGAGCCUUGGAUUUUACCUCAGUUAUUCAACAUCAUGGUUUUAUACUAGAAAGGCUGUAAUUCUGUAACUACUGGAAUUGCGAUAGGGUUCAUUUUGACUGUUUGAACUUUACAUGCAUAUUUAUACCACAACAGGAAAUAACUAUAAACCCCUGUACUAGUACGAGACAGCACAGGCUGUACAAAUACCACAUAUUGUUUCUGUAAGAAAGAUUACUUUCUGAUGAACACAGCACAAAAAAUAACUUAACUUAA